UUGAACUUGUCAACACUUGAUGGUUGGGCGGUGAAUUUGCCUCAGAGUGCCUUUAUAUGUCACUUUCAUUUACAGUUUCGAGUCGGAGUGCAGUUUAUCACAUAUCUUUGGAACGAAGCAGCCAAUCGCUGAUACAAAACUCUGCUCAACGACAUUGGAUGUUGUUGUUGUCGCAGUUUUGGCGCGCCAGUGUAUACUGGGAAGGAUCAUCAGUGGAAUGAAGAGAGGAUGGAAAACUGCAUGCACGUUUUCCAGGUCUCUGGAAUCAAGACCCGGGAUAAGAAGAAGGUUUUGGUCCAGAUAAUCCAGCAGCUGGGUGGAAAAUACAUUGGUGGCUCAGUCUAUCAGCAUUCCUCCACCCAUCUCAUAAUCCCUCAGGUUUUGUCCAGCGAGAAGUUUUUGGCCGCCUGUGCUGCAGGAAAGUGGGUUGUGACUCCACAAUAUGUGCUGGACAGUUUUAAGAACGGAUCCUGGCUCUCAGAGGGACCCUAUGAAAUUGCCAUUACCACAGGUGUCUCGUCUUCAGUCUACCCCGCCAGGCAGUGGAGGGAGAAGGUGUCCAGCGGGAGGGUAACCGGGGCCUUUCAGGGCUGGAGGGUUCUCCUGAUGGUCCGGGAGCCCAGCCGCAGGGCCAUGUUCAAACGGCUGCUGAAAGCAGGUCGGGCCAAAGUAUACCACUGCCCUCUUCCCCCUCACGCCUCUGUCACUCAUGUCAUGGCUAAACCCGUCACAGAGGACUCGAAAUCCCACAAUGCUCCUUGCUACCCUGUAAGCCACAUUGUCCAGCACCUCUUUGGGAGCAAUUGUGUGGAUAUGAAGUUCAACAUAACGAAUGAUGUGUCAGCAGAGACAACACAGGACGGUUUUGUCGAUGUGGACUUCUCCAAGCUGGAGACAGAGCUCCGGGACUAUAUCAUCAGACAGGAUGCCCGGCCAAGACUCUGCCUCCUUGAAUUCCUUGGUUACCAUGAUCCACACCGGCCACAGCCCCAGGGUACUGAAACGGACUUCAGCAAUGUGGGUAGCAUGAUAGAGUGUGGGCUCUUCACUGAAGCCUUGGACUCAAUCAAAAGUGCUAUCUUCCCAGGCCUGCUUCCCCCAGCGUCAUACCUGGUGUCCCUUUUAGAAUAUGCACAGCAGGGUAAUGCCACAUCUGUCUUCUUGAGGAAUUUCCAGCAGGUCAUGUACAACCUUCUUGUCACCAACCCUCCCUGGCUGCCUCCCAGCACAGUGAAAAAAUAUUUAGCCCAGGUGUUGCAGUGUCCUCGAUGCAAAAUGGGCCUGUGGCCUUUUCUGGAGACAGCCAUCAGUUACUGCCUGUCUAGUGAUGCCACUUGUCAUCCGCUCCCUGGACCUGCCCUGCCAACACUGUUACAUUUCCAUAGUGACCUUCUGGCAUUCUUCCUCAAGCUCUUCCAGGGGGAACUCCACUCUGUCACCAGCGGAGACUUUGUGCCGCAUGAGUCGACAGGAGUCUCUCAGGCUUCAGCAACAGGAUCUUUGCUAUAUGGAACCUUCUGGACAGUGUGGGAGCGCUCCACGCUGUUGUCCCGAGCUGUGAAACAACUAAUCCAGCUCUUGGUACAGGCUGUCAGUGAGGACUACGCUGAGAGGGAAGAGGUGCAGAAGCUGCAUUUGGCAGAAACUCUGCUGGACCUCCUGUCUGUCUUGGUGGAGUUCUGGUGUCAGCAGCACUUCAAGCUGAACCAGAACCUGGUGGAAAAGGGCCUCAAAGACCUAGCAGAGCACUUUGCUGUCACCAGCCAGGAUGUAUCUCCAGAGGUUCUGGCAGAGCUUGUUGUCAGGAUUUGCUCGACUAGACUUAAGUUGAUGAUAGCAGAUGCCAUAUUUAGGAGUCUUUGCUGCAGAAGUGGAAUCACAGUUGGAGAUGAACCCCUCUCUCUUAAGAAAAUGGUGCUGUCCUACAUGCCUGCACUGGAAAAUUUAGCUCAGAGACCCUCUGGUGCUUGCCUCAGGACCAAACCCACCCCCCACAGCCGGACCAGCCAGGGGACCAGAUGCAGUCCUCAGAGCUCUUUGGUGAACGAGAACGUCCCCAGAGGUUUGAACAGAGUCAACGCAGCAGAAGAGACCCUCCUCCACAGAGCUUGCAAGAGGACCCAAGUGAAAACAGUGCUUCAGAUCCUGUCGCUUCCUGGGACGGACGUCAACGUAAAAGACCAUGCAGGCUGGACACCUUUGCAUGAAGCGUGUAACCAUGGCAGCACUGCGUGCGUGGAGGCGUUGCUACGUCACCACCCCGCCCCUGUGCUAAAUAACCAGGUGGGUGGAGUCAGCCCACUUCACGACGCUGUGCUAAACGGACACAUGGACAUUGCCAAAAUGCUACUGGAGCAUGCGGGCUCCGCUAUCCUGCAGCAAAAUGACGGAGGGGAGCGGAACGCACUGGACCUGCUCUCAACGAGUCAGAGGGAGGAGCUCCUCCACAGCGCUCGUUUGGGAGAUUCAACCCUGAGAAACGACUGCAGCGAGGCGUUGAACCUGCCCCUGCUGGAGGCCGGAUCCUCUCUGCUGGCCCACAUCAUUUUCUCCUACCAGCAAGAGAGGGGCCUAACGGGCCACUCGCAGCCCAGCGACGAGUCCCACAGUCCGGGCCUCUUGCUGCUCAGAGCACUGGGGACCCACUCCCACCAAACAGUGACUCUGGGCUGGACCAACCAGCGGGCGGCGAGGCUGGUGGAGGAUGCAGAGACGUUGCUGGAGCUCGGCAGAGGGAGUUACCUGGGGCAGAUGUCUCUCGCGGUGAGAGAGUGCAAAGGAGAGAAUACGCUGUUCCUGAUGGAGAUACUGGAGGAUCUUCGGUCUCGGGGGAAGGGAUGCACGAGUGGCUGAUCUGUGACACUGGAUCAAUGGACACUGUUAAGAGUAAAAUCAGAGGUUGCACAUUCAAAGUAACGUUCAGGUAUAUCACCACACAAUUCUCAGAGGCCUUAACAUGUUUUCACAGACAACUCUCUGGCCUUCACCAAUCUUCCCAAUGGUGGAAAUGAGUAAUCGCGCCGCGUGUUCAUGUCGACAGAGAACCUUGUAGCUGCACCGUAGUUUGGGCGAACAGUAUCAGUCAAACGUUUGGACUCGCUUUCUAAGUCAAUGUAACGAGACUGUGAGAAACCUUUAAACGGUGUUGCAUUUCACUAGCUUUUUAUUUAUGUUGUGAAUAGUGAAGAAUUGUUUUUAUGGCAACAGUCAUUUCUAUUUAGACUGUUACUACCUCAAGUUAUUGUUCUGUACGGCUACUUCUCCUAAUGUUGACGAUAAUGUUUUUCCAUUUUAUUUAUAAUAAAUUAAAGUAACCCCACUGGUACAUUCCAUUCUGA